AUGUCAACCGCUGGGACCACCACCCCAACGGACCCGCACCCCCAAUACCUCCACCACCUGCUACAAAUCGUGCAUACAAAUCUCCAACACCAAGCCGACUGGCACUCCCUCUCGAUCCACACAUCACCGAGCCUCCCGCGACCACUGAUCUCGGGAAUUCCGCCGGAGGGUACGAAGAAGGAGUGGGUGCUACCGGUUAACUUGCGUGAGAAGUGGUCUCUGCGGAAGUGGGCGGAGGUUUUUGACGCACUGCCUGAGAUGGAUGAGGAUGGGGAUGGGGGGGAGGAGAAGGUGAAGGAGAAGGAAGGAAGAAAGUUAAUGAUGGGGGUUGUCAGCGAUGAUAGUACCGUUGUUUAUUAUGUUGUUGGGGAGGGGGCUGUUAAACCUAAGCAGAAUUAGGGGGAGGAUUGGACGGAAGGGCACGAUACCUGGGGUCUUGAAAAGGUAGCUCGAUCGGAACUGCUCGGAUAUUUGUCCCUUUUGUUGGGGGGGAUAUUCAAUUUUUCGGUUUUAGCAGAAGCCGCCGGUACCAUACCGUCAGUUGUAUUGACAUCGCCUCGCUCGAUCAAUAUCAAGGAAAGGAGAAGGCAUGGUUUACAAUAUGGUACGACGUUUUUUCUUUU